ACAACCUGCGGUUUCCUUUCUUUUUUUCUUUUCCACGAUCACUUUGAACCUCGCCCUCAAUUACUCACCAAUGGGCCAAUACUGGAGACUCGUCAAUAUCGACAGACGCGAAGUCGGCGGUGACUAUGGGAAGCUAGGUGAUGUCUUUUCCGACGACUUCAACCAUAUCAUGUCACUUUUGGCGGGCCCCUGGGCAGGUUGCCGUGUCAUCUGCAUCGGAGACUAUAUGGGACAAUGCCCACCGAGCGUCCUCACCUCCGAAGAAGCCGCUGAGAUCAAUGACUUGGACAAUUCCGACUGUGACAAUUCCGAAAUGCCGACGCUAUACACGUUCUCGGGCUGGUACUAUAGGAGGAUAAGGUCUCGAGGAAGCGUCGACUUACGAGGAAUGGUUUUGAGGAAUCUGACGAAGCGCGUCUAUGUUCGCCGGGAUGUAGUGAUCGAAGAACUGAAGAGAAGUGGUAGAGGUGGCGAUAUUGGGAACAUCCUACUGACAAACAUUUGUUGGUCUGAUGACUCGUCGUGUUCGAUGAUGUUGGAUCUCACGAGAGGUGCUUGGGCAGGAGAUAGGUUCGAUGUUGUGCCGCUGAGUUCAGUGGAGGACGAAAAGGAAGAAUGGGAGGAUGUGACGGAAGAUCAAGUCAAGUUGACUAGGUUUGCUCUCAGUCGCUGA